UCUGAAUGUCAUUCAUCAAAUUAAUUUAAAAGAAAACGAACGUCUAGGUUGUAAGUUUUAUUCAUUUUAAGAAGCAAAAUCAACGCUAUAAGUCAUGGACCGACGACAAACACAGGAAAAUACGAAGGAAAAGGCGGUCCCGCGGCCAUCAAACAGAAUCAGUCGAUUGGCCCAACCGCGAAAUUAUUCGGCCACGCCGCAUUCGCUAAGACGAAACCGUUCAUCGUCUCAUGAAAAUGUUUCACAAUACAAUCGACAAGUACAAAAGAGAUCCCGAAGCACCUCAGUCGCUCCACGUAUUCCUAGUGAAACACCAGUUCGGCCACCUUUUGCACGAUCAUUGUCGUUGUUAUUUACACCAGCAUCGACAAACAGAAGCGUCGCUUCGACCAGCAGAAGUUCUACAUUGAGGAGAAGUGAUGACGAGCAGACGGCACGUAUUCUCGAUGUUUUACGCAACCAUUUCGGACCAACGUUUCUAUCCGGUGGGCUGCAGUCGAUGUCAGCGAAACAAUUCGUCGAGAUAAUUAGGUUUUUUGCGCAGAGUAUCACUGGUAAUAAAGUGGCCAUACAUGACAACAACGUUGAUGAUGUUAAACUUUUCGCCGAUUAUAUCGAAUAUCCACAUCAGAUGAACAAGUCGUGGUUCAAGGCACCAACCGUUUCGAUUGCUUACGAACGUAAUGUUGAAUUUUUGGACUGGCUUUGCAGUUUUAUCGUCAUUGAUGAUGAUAGCACCAGCAUCAACGAUUACAUAGAAUACAAAGAUACCGAAUCGGAUAGUCUGAUCAAUCAACAAUUCGUCGCCAGUUUCGUCGGAGAUUUGAAAAUCGGUUUUGCCAUUUGGAGUGAUCGAACAGAGGAAUUCGAUGGAUGGAAAUUGAAAUGGAUUCGGGAGAUGAUUCAUACUAAGACCGGUUUGGAUGACAUUGAUGAUUCCAUCGGUCGCAUUCAAAGCGAGUACACAAUGAUGCAAACGGAGGAAAUGACGUUCGGAAAUGAGCAUCUGUUGCAGACACAGCAAAAGAAGGUCGAAGAAUUAAAGAAACAAUUGGCGAAAUUGCAAGACAUUUGUCACGAAAAGGUUGUUGAUGCACAAAUGUAUUCCGAAGAAUUGAAUUCUUUGACGUCGACAAACGAGCAACUUGAAAAAACAGUAAAGGAGAUGAAGGAAACCAUCAAGAACCAACCCGUAUCAGCCGAAGACCGACAGAGCCGUAUCGCCGAUCUCACUCAAAAAAAGCAUCUGCUCUCCGAAAAAAAUAUUUUUGUCAAUUCUUUAAAGGCAGUUGCCGACGACAGUCAAGUGAAAAUCGCUCGGUUAAAGCAACAGAAAACAAGUAAAAUUUAUGCUAUCAAUACGGUUGUACAAAAAUUGUUUCAAAUUGGCAUUAAUUUCGGCGAUCUGACCAUCGAUCAGCUGUCCAUCAGUGAAAAUGAUACCCAAUCCAAAAUAAAAGCGAAAUUGGAAUUAUUCGCUCAAGUCAAAGAAAUCAUCAAUAAUCGGCGUACUGAUAUCCAUAAAUCGGUGAAUGACACUCAGUCGCAGCUCAAGUCCAUUUCGAACGAGCUAUUUGUAGUGGAAAACGAGGUUUCAUCGCUAAAGAAGCACCUUCAAACGAAUGAAGUCCGAUUACGGAAGGUGGAAGACGAAAUUGUCGAGACGCAGUACAAAGCUGAGCAGCAGCAACAUAAGCUGCAAGCAACUCUCGACAGGACGACGGAUACCAUCCAGAAAAUAAAAAUCAAAAUUGAAAACAAAGAAAAAAAUAUUGAAUCGUUGAAAGCAGAAAAUAAGGCAAUAUUCGAGGGCAUCCAAAUGAAAACCGAUGCAAUGCUGAACGCUAAGAGAGAGCGCCAGGCGCGUUUAGCGGCAGCUGUUGCAGAACUGGAACAAGAAACCGAAGAACUGAAAAAUAUUGUGUACAAACUGAACUAAAACCCAAAUCUAUUAAAGUUA